UUUUGGACAUUUCAGCAUUCCCCGUUUUCGGAUACAAGUGCGGCAACAUUCAUAUCGGCAGUUCCAGUCGGAGGAAGUGUAUGAAUUUUACCGUCUCCCGCCCCUGGUAACCACCGCUCCUUCCACACUGAGUUGUCCAGAGAUGAAGAAAAACAAAAACAAAAAAAUGCAGGACCACAAAAGAAGCUAUUCCAAAUUACCAGGGAGUUUAGAGGAUCGGAAGGCCAACACGAAACUAAGGUUUUGAGAUGAGUCGCAAGCUUUUCAUGGCUCAGGCCAAGAAAAUGGUUGAUAAGGAGAUGCAGGCGGCUCGUCAGGCCGAAGCGUCCAAGGGUUCCGGUGACGGGACCAAAUCACAAGCCGACGCGGCGAAGAAGCCGGUGGUGAAGAGGAAGAAGGCUGCUGAGGAGGGUCAGCGUACCUUAGCCGAGUCGGGUCUGGUACCGGCUCACGGUGCCAAAAAGACGAAGCGGGACCCUCCUCUUAAUGACGAUGCGAUGGCCGAUACGCAUGCGUCGGUUCAAGGGGAAGCCGUCUCUGACGUGCAUAUUAUUGAGGAUCUGACUUUGAAUGUCGCCUCAUCCGCCGUAGUCCCUACCAAAUCUGGUGUUGUCGCCAAGGGGAGCACCCGCGCCGAUCGAGAUCCGGCUACCGGCCUAUAUGAGGUGACGGUGCGGUACCCGACGAAGGGCGGGCUGUUCAAUGAGAAGGUGUCUGGCCACGACGUCUUGUUCCAGGCCAUUCCCGAUGCCGAUAGGGAGUACCUGCGGCGGCAGAGCAAGGAUGUGCGCCUUUUCGACGGCGGUUUGGACUACGUCGUCCA